AUGUCAUCCAUUUCGACUAGUGGGGUUGCACUUAUCACAGGAGCGGCGGCCGGCAUUGGCGAGGAAACUGGUUAUGCUUUCGCUCAAGCUGGCGCUCUGGGAGUCGUUUUUGCAGAUAUCCACUGUAAAUUGGCUGCAGAAAACGCAGAGAAGAGUAAAGCCUAUGCCACGAAUACACAAUAUCGUGCACUGUCUAUCAAGGUGGAUACUACUGAUCCUAUCAGUGUGCAAGAGAUGGUAGAUUUCACAGUCAGGGAAUUUGGGAGGCUCGAUUACAAUGUUAACAGUGCUGGGCUUGGAGCUAGCUCUCUUGCUCCAACAGCUGAUGUAGAUAUCAACAACUUCGAUGCCAUUCUCAACGUAAAUACCAGAGGCGUUAUGCUAUGCGUGCGAGCAGUAAGCAAGUUCAUGAUAUCACAAGAACCAAGAACCCAUACAGGUAGACAUGGAAAGCAACGUAGUCUUGGCCGCGGUUGUAUUGUCAAUCUGGGUUCUGUCGCAUCGUUCUCCGCCGGACGGGGUAUGAUGGCCUAUGUGGCAUCCAAACAUGCGGUGAUGGGGAUAACCAAAGUUGCAGCCUUCGACAAUGCGAAGCAUGAAAUAAGGGUGAACGCAGUAUGUCCAACUUGGGUCGAAACCCCAAUGCUGGAUCGUGGUUUGAAACGAUGGCCUGCCUUAGGGGAAUCGAUCAAGACGAAGACGCCACUCGGUCGAGCUGCAGACCCGGAGGAAGUUGCAAAUGUGGUCGUCUAUCUCUGUAGUCCGUCUUCGUCGUAUAUUAAUGGCACUGGGAUCAUGAUCGACUCAGGAAUGUCUGUUACUGCUCAUUUGUAG